AUGAUUGAAGCAGCAGGAUUAAGUAACGGGGAGAACUGUAAAUGGUCUGAUAUUUUAGCCUUCAUCCAGUCUACAAGUGGGAAGCUGGGCCAUCAGCUGAGAUUGAAGAUGUGGGUGGAAGCAUUUACAGUCAUAACGAAGAAAAUUAGUCUUAAAACCUUCCGGAAACCUUUUAACUUGAAUAAAAGUAAGGAAGACACUGAUUUCAUGGUAGUAUAGCAACCGUCAAUAGCCAGUGAUUUUGGAAAAGAUGAUGCCUUGUUUGGUAGCUGCUAUGGUAAAGAUGUGGCUAGCUGUGAUAUCAACAGUGAAGACGAAAAAGGUGGAAAAAACAGAUCAAAAAGUGAAAGCCUGAUGGGUACCUUGAAAAGGCGGCUUUCUUCCAAGCAGAAGCCAAAGGGCAAGGGCAGGACACCGUCUGGAAGCUGUGCUGAUGAGGACACCUUCUCUUCUUCCUCAGCACCCAUUGUGUUCAAAGAUGUCAGAGCGCAGAGGCCAGUCAGGUCUACUUCCCUCCGCAGUCAUCACUACAGCCCCACACCCUGGCCUCUCCGGCCCACAAACUCUGAGGAGACUUGCAUCAGAAUGGAGGUGAGAGUCAAAGCCUUGGUUCACUCUUCCAGCCCAAGUCCUGCAUUAAAUGGUGUUCGAAAGGAUUUUCAUGACCUUCAGUCUGAAACCGUAUGCCAAGAGCAAAAUAAUUCUCUUAAGAGUUCUGAUUCUCCUAAUGGAGACUUGCAUCUCCACCUGGAUGAACAUGUGCCUGUAGUUAUUGGACUUAUGCCUCAGGACUACAUUCAGUAUACUGUGCCUUUAGACGAGGGGAUGUAUCCUUUGGAAGGAUCACGUAGCUAUUGCCUGGACAGUUCUUCACCCAUGGAAGUCUCUACACUUACUCCUCAAGUGGGAGGUAGCUCUUUUGCUGAAGAUGAGAAUCAGGUAGACCAGGACCUAGUAGUUGCCCCAGAGAUCUUUGUGGAUCAGUCUGUGAAUGGUUUGUUGAUUGGCACCACAGGGGUCAUGUUGCAGAGCCCCAAAGCAAGUCAUGAUGAUGUCCCUCCACUUUCACCUUUGCUACCUCCAAUCCAGAAUAAUCAAAUCCAAAGGAACUUCAGUGGACUCACUAGCACAGAUGCCCAUGUGGCUGAAAGUGUGCGUUGUCAUUUGAAUUUUGAUCCUAACUCUGCUCCUGGGGUUGCAAGAGCAUACGACUCUGUGCAAAGUAGUGGUCCCAUGGUUGUGACAAGCCUUACAGAGGAGCUGAAGAAACCUGCAAAACUAGGAUGGUACUGGGGACUCACACGCUGGGAGGCCGAAGGGAAGCUAGCAAACGUGCCAGAUGGUUCUUUUCUUGUUCGGGAUAGUUCUGAUGACCGUUAUCUUUUAAGCUUAAGCUUUCAUUCCCAUGGUAAGACACUUCACACUAGAAUUGAGCACUCGAAUGGUAGGUUUAGCUUUUAUGAACAGCCAGACGUGGAGGGACAUACAGCAAUAGUGGAUCUAAUUGAGCAUUCAAUCAGGGACUCUGAAAAUGGAGCUUUUUGUUAUUCAAGGUCUCGGUUGCCUGGAUCUGCAACUUACCCUGUCAGACUGACCAAUCCAGUGUCUCAGUUCAUGCAGGUGCGUUCUUUGCAGUACCUGUGUCGUUUUGUUAUAUGUCAGUAUACCAGAAUAGACUUGAUUCAGAAACUGCCUUUGCCACACAAAAUGAAGGAUUAUUUACAGGAGAAGCACUACUGA